ACUGAUAAGAGAGUCAUAGUGCUCUACGGACGAAACAUGUACCCGCUGUCAGAGGAUGGCUAAAAAUCCUAACUUAGCAGGGCAGAUCUGCCUAAGACAGAGAUUAAUGGACGUAUACAUCUCCCAUUCAAGCAUAUAUGAGAUGAUUAUCAAGGCCCAAGAGCGCAGCGCUACUUCGGUUAGAUUUUCCUCUGGCAUUACUGAACAAGUGUCCUUCAGACUGGAAGCCAUGAUUAAUGAUUCUCCUACCCUCAGUCUCACCGUCACAGGUUACGAACGCAUCUACCCAGGUACAGGGCUCUCUGGAUCAUACACCGCAUCAAUUGCUUGGCAUCCUCCUGCGACGGAGUGCCGAGCAAUCCUUCCAGAUUCUGUUCCUAGUAUCGAACAGCUAGAGAAUUUGUCCCGGCCAGGUAUUUGCAAACUACACGACCCGUUCCUUAGCCACGACUUGCAUGACAAGAUCGAUCGAGUGCUACUUUUAUAUUCGGAGGGUUCGCCACUCCAUGAACUCGUUACCGCUACCUUGAGGAUAGUAAAUCUACGAAGUUUCCUAAUGCACUCGCUGGUAUUCACCCACGGUAAUGCAGCAGGCGGUACUUCUCGCGACUACUCUUACGCCGACCCUGUGCUCAACCAGCACAUCAGGGCCAUUGCACUCGCCGGCAUAUCCAAAGCCGAGAAAUUCGUCCUCUCCCAGUUCAACAAUCUCCCUCGCCUCCUCGGCCUGGACAUCUUCAGCAUGAUGGUGACUAAGAAUUGUUUACUCAGACUGCUGCUCAUCUAUAGGAAUGAUGUCUUGUUAUGUGAGAGAAGUGUGAAGAUUCCGGUGAAAUCUCGAGUAAUCUUUGCAACGAGGCUUGAGAAAGUCAAGUUCAUGUAUCGAGUGGUUGUUGCUACCUAUGGAACGCUAUGCGAGAGGACAUCCUCAUUUGCACAAUUCGAGUGGAGGCUGUGGAGCCACAAUAUACAGCAGAACGACCCCAAUCAAAGCGGCAAUGCUUUACCAUUGGCAAUUGCGAUCGAGGAGCUCGGUUCUGCGUAUGAGAAUUUCUGCGAACAAGAGCUGUCAAUAGAACACGAUGAAGUUUUCCGCUUCUUUAUUAUAGGGGCUGCCAAAAAGGGAGCAAAAGCCUUGGAAUAGGAAGCUUUCGAAAAACCGCGAUGGGGAGUUUUAAGGGAGCCGGCAUCUUGCUGUGUAUCAACAGUUGGGGAAGGGGAAGGAUGUGCCUCUUUGACGCUUGUCUUUUCUCGUGCGGCCCUCUAUUGGGGAGGCUUGUUAUUUAGAUUCUUUGGAGCUUGUCUUUAAGUGCGAUGGAGAAGUCUCUUGUUACACAUAGCA